UGUAGCAGAAUGGUUAUCAUUUUAAUUUGUGUUAUUGUCUAGUAAGAUGAUCUAGACCUGUUUCACGUGACUCGCUCUUUGUUACAGACUCCACCUCUUUCAUGUGAACGCGCCUUAAGCCGAAUUAGAAAAUCCUGGGUUAACAAAGCUUGCUGAUCCAGCUUCAUAACACCGGUUAUCUUUUCGUGUUUCCGUCGCGUAUACCGUUAUUGAUUAAUGUGAAACGUGCCGUGACUAACCGUCGCGUCUAUUAAGCUCGGAUUUGUUUCGUUUUACGACCUGUGGGUUACGAUUUGAUUACUAAAUCUAGCAUUGAAACAUCUCGGAUAACUGCGCGCACCCGCCCCACCAGAUAGGGAAGAGCAAUCGCACGCCGAAAGCCUGAUCCCAAUCAAUGAAUACAGACAGAGAUUUCCAGAUGAUGAAAAAACAAGAGAGGGCACAUUUUUUCAGCUCUAAAGAACAGGAUCUCAUUUUGAAGUUGUAUGAAGAAGAGAGAGAGGUCUUGACAGCCAAAUCCAACACUACCAGUGCCUCUAAACUGAGAGAGGAAGCCUGGCAGAGAAUUGCGGAUAAAAUAAAUGCGGUAUCGGACAGCGGCUACAAGAGAUCAUGGCAGCAAGUGAAAGUCAAACAUAAAAAUAUAGUGCAAACAGCAAAAAGAAGACAGGUAGGGGUGAUGAGGACAGAGGGGGGGUCAGCCACUCCGUCGCUGACGUCUGCAGAGGAAGAUGUGCUGCAGCACAAAGACAGUCUGCUGAGAGUGGAGGUCCUCCCUGGGGGGGCUUGCAUUGAGCCACUCACUGGAUCUGACAACUCUUUUAUUAGUGUCUCAGGCCAUCCUGUCCUCCUCUUGCCUGUCACAAAGACUGAACCAGAGAGCCUGAGCAGUGAUGAGACAGACGUCAGUGACUCUCAUUUUGAAGGGGAUGUGCACAGCAGCAACGUCCAAGAGAGGGCCAACUCAACGUUUGCUGCAACUGGUCGAAGGAGUACAGAGAGGCAGACAGAAGACAUAAGAACCCUUUACUGCUGCUACCUCAAGAAGGAGAUAGAGAACCGUGACCAACAGAUGGCAUACAGAGCACUUAAAAUGAGGAAGAUGGAGAAAGAAAUGUUAUUACUUGAUAAGCAGCUCAUGUGACCAUGCCAAGAAAUACUAAUGUUUUUAAUUUUAUCUUACUAUUAUGCUAUGUUAAAACAAUAUUUCAUUUAUUUAAGGCCAGGCAAUUGUAAUAUAUUUCUUCUGUCACAUAAUUUGUCACACAAGCUUAUAUGUAAUGUAACCCGGUUGGGGAGUUAACGGCAAUGAUUGGCAGCAAUGUCUCUUGCAAUUCUGCUAUUAGUAUGUGUCGGACCACUUCUUACUGUUGCAGUGCACUGUGCAACUUUACACAUGCAACAGUACACAUCUACUCUAUAUAUAUACUGCGACAGUAUCAAAGUCUUUCCUUCAGUUGCUCAUAGAUCAUUUCAAUCCCUUUAUUGUUACGGCAGGAGUUGCCCCAAGGUGGGCCUGAGGCCCAGGAAGGCCCACGGAGGCUUCAGGGUAGGAUGGUCAUAAAGAAGAGCUUGUACAGGAAGUGGAGCUGCUGGGUAAACCCUGAGGCCCAGGAGGAUCCUAUUGUCACAUGAGUUACAGUGCAUUGACACACUCACUGUGCUCCUGCACAUUGAAUGAAACAAUGAAUGACUUUAAAUUGAGCACUUACAUUCACGAGUAGGGUAAGCACUGGCAACGUAAAGAAAGACAUGUAAACUGUAUUUAUUUAAAAUAACUAUUUCUAUAUAUUGUCUUUAUGAUUUUUGACACAUUGUGUCCAACCCCACAUCACUUUGCUGAAACGUUUGUAAUAAGAUGUGGAAUCACAGAUAAUUUAAUGUAAAAAAAAAAGAAAAGGUUGAAACUGAUUUCCACCACCAGCAGCAGUAGAGGCUUUUUUAACAUUAUAAAAUGACAAUGAUUGCUCUAAGUCACAAGUUUAUACCUGUACAUUGACACGGUGGAAGGUCCUUGUCUCUCUUUAAACACCAAGAGAAAGUGACAUUGGUUCAUAUUCAUUUCAAUUGGCAAGUUUAUUUCUUUACGUUUUCAACCACCACAUAAUGGGAUCCGCCUUGCCUAUCUGCAAAGAAAGUGGUAAAAAGCAUCCUGUAGUUUGACGUGAUGUUAAUUUUAA